AUGGUGCACGUUCGCCUCAAUGAACGCGAGACGAACCCCAAUCCGCAUGUCAACUUCAUCUCCGCGCUCCCCAUGCCGGAAUCGGCCCACCAGGAGGACGCGCGCCAGCUCCUUCGCGCUCUCGCCGCACAGCUCCGACCGGUCAUGAAGGGGCACGGGUUCGUCGUGAACAGCCUCGAGGAGUAUGAACAUAACAUAGUCUUCGCGGGGAGGAACUGGAACAAUGGCGAGGUGGUCGAGCUCGUCCUGCGAGGCGCAAGUGGCGCGUUCCUUCCGGUCUCCUGGCUGAUGAGCACUCUCUGCCAUGAGCUAGCUCAUAUACAGCACAUGAACCACGGCUCGGCCUUCCAAGCUUUAUGGACAAAGCUCCGCAACGAAGUGAGAGCGCUACAGAGCAAAGGAUACUACGGCGACGGCUAUUGGUCGUCCGGCACCCGACUCGCCGACUCCUCCAGGGUGGGCGGCCAAUCUCUCGACGCGAGCGACAUGCCGGAAUACAUGUGCGGCGGCGCCCAGAAACGCACGCGUCCUACGUCCCUCCGUCGCCGACGCGGUGCGGGCGCCAAGACCGGCGCACAAACGGCCAAGAAGCGCAAGGCGGGGACACGCGUGACCGCGCGGGACGCGUUCAAGGGUUCUGGACGCGCGCUGAACGAGGACGUGGAGGACGAGAAGGGGAAGAAAGCCGGAGCAGGGUUCAGGAAGAAGGCGGGAAGCAAGCGCGCGAGGCAGGAAAGGGCGCUGGCGGCAGAGCGUCGUCUGCAGGCGUUGCAGAAUCAAGCAAGCUCCUCCAGCCAGCCGCCAUCCCAAAACGACUCGGAUGCCGACUCUGACGGCGAGUUGGACGAUGUGGAGAUCAAUGAGACAGACCAGGACCGCAGGCGUGCGAUGGGCGAGAUGGAGCAGGGCGAGCUCGAGGGACUGCGGCUCACGCAGACGGACUUCUCCGCAGACUUCGUGUUCCCGCAGCUGACAAUGGGCGGCACCGAUGAGUCGGACGGAUUUUCAUGCGACGUGCAGUCCCUACCGCGUUCCGGCACUGCUGCGACUACCAGCGCGACGAAAGCUACCACGUCGAAGUCCGCGUCGCCCAAGGGGAAGAACAAGGCGCGUGCGACAUCACCGUCACAGCGCGAGCUGGAGGAUUGGCUGCUUCCAGAGUCCCAGCCCGCUGACACCGCCAGAUCGAAGAAGAAGCAGAAGGUGUCGUAUGGCGCGAUGGUGCAGGACGAGGUGGUUUUCAGGAAAAAGGAGGUCAUUGGGCUUGCACCCGCUCCGCCCAGGAGGCUGGGCGGCGGUGCAUCCUCUGUCCAGCCCGGUACGCGCGCGAGUGCGCUAGGUGAACGCGGGCCCGAUGGGCGUGCCGUGCGAAGAGAGGGGGAGACGGAGUGGUCGUGUCAAGUAUGCACUCUGUCCAACGCUCCGGGACACCUUGCUUGCUCGGCGUGUGCCACACCGCGCGGGGAGUCUACAUGGGGUGACGCAUAG